AUGCUAGCGCUACUCUCCUCCGGCCACCACCGUGGUGUUGGCAUUCAAUCUCGGGCCACUGCAACGGCCCUUCUCCUUCUCCUCCUUGUGCUCACUUUGGGAGUAGUCUCCGCGAAUGAGCAGAACCAGGCACAGCUCAACUGUGGGGAGGAUGACUCCCCCAAGGGACAGUGCAGGAAUGGCCCUGAGGCGCUCAAGCUGAAGCUGAUCGCCAUUGCGUCAAUCCUCGCUACGAGUGUGCUCGGGGUGUGCCUCCCAGUGUUCUCCCGGUCCGUACCUGCACUCCACCCCGACAGUAACAUAUUUGUGGUUGUGAAGGCAUUUGCGUCGGGGGUGAUCCUGGCCACGGGAUACAUGCACGUCCUUCCCGACUCAUUCGAAUUCCUCACCUCCGACUGCCUGCCUGAGGUGCCCUGGUCUAAGUUCCCGUUCACCACGUUUGUUGCCAUGCUUUCGGCCGUGGCCACGCAGAUGGUUGAUUCGUUCGCGAUGGCUUACUAUCGGAAGAUCCAUGCGAAGCCAAGCACCGGCAGCCACGGCAAAGGUGCGGUGAAGGAUGUUGUGGCAGUAGAGGGCGGCGAGGUGCAUGCCCAUGCCCAUGGUGGUUUCGGACAGGAUCUUGGUGAUGACAACUCACGGCUUCUGAGGCACAGGGUUGUUGCGCAGGUACUGGAGAUGGGAAUAGUGGUGCACUCAGUGGUGAUAGGACUCUCAAUGGGAGCUUCGGACAACGCGUGCACCAUCAAGCCCCUCGUGGCUGCUUUAUGCUUCCAUCAGUUCUUCGAAGGAAUGGGCCUCGGUGGCUGCAUUCUCCAGGGGGAGUUCAGUUUAAAAGUGAAGGCGAUCAUGGUGUUCUUCUUCUCAAUCACCACACCUGGGGGGAUCGCUCUCGGGAUCGGGCUAUCCAACACAUACAGUGAGAGCAGCCCGACUGCCCUAAUCGUGGUAGGCUUGCUAAAUGCGUGCUCUGCGGGGCUACUGAACUACAUGGCUUUAGUGGAUUUGAUAGCGUUGGACUUUAUGGGACCCAAAUUGCAAGGGAGCAUGAAGUUGCAGGUCUUUGGUUAUGUUGCUCUCUUGUUGGGUGCUGGGGGAAUGGCCUUGAUGGCAAAAUGGGCUUAA